CCAAAUUGUGGAUCAUAUCAAAUUUACAGAUUAGAGAAAUCGACUUUUUUUUUUUUGGGUGGCGAUCGUUCUACACAAAACAGUUAAACCGGCGAUUUCUCCCGACUACAUGGAAUCCGCCAUGAACACCGAAUCAGUUUUCGAGUUCCUUGGAAACGUUCCCUUACUUCAGAAGUUGCCGAGUUCUUCUCUUAAGAAAAUCGCCCAAGUUGUUGUGCUCAAACGCUACGGGAAAGGGGAUUAUGUGAUUCGUGAAGACCAAGCUUGGGAUGGUUGCUAUUUCAUUUUUGCAGGAGAGGCUCAGGUUUCCGGACCAGCCGAAGAAGAAAAUCGUUCCGAAUUUCUCUUGAAAAAAUAUGAUUACUUCGGCCAUGGUAUUUCUGCGCAUGUUCAUUCAGCAGACAUAAUUGCUACGUCCGAGCUUACAUGUUUGGUGUUGCCGCGUGAUCAUUGUCGUUUGCUUGAGACAAAUUCAAUCUGGCAGUCGGAUAAAGAAGUUCAGAAAUGCUCUUUAGUUGAACGCAUAUUGCAUCUGGACCCUUUAGAAUUGAAUAUCUUCAGGGGGAUCACUCUUCCUGAUGCUCCCAAAUUUGGAAAGGUUUUCGGAGGACAGUUUAUGGGACAGGCACUUGCUGCGGCAUCAAAAACUGUUGAUUUUCUGAAGAUUGUCCACAGUUUACAUUCUUAUUUUCUUCUCGUUGGAGAUAUCGAUAUCCCCAUUAUAUAUCAAGUUCACCGCAUACGUGAUGGGAACAACUUUGCCACCCGAAGAGUGGAUGCAAUACAGAAAGGAAAUAUCAUAUUCAUAUUGUUGGCAUCAUUUCAGAAAGAGCAACAGGGAUUUGAUCACCAGGAGUCAACCAUGCCCUCUGCACCAGAUCCUGAUACGCUUCUAUCACUAGAGGAGUUGCGUGAACGUCGUAUAACUGACCCUCAUCUACCUAGGAGUUACCGAAACAAAGUUGCAACUGCAAAUUUUGUUCCAUGGCCUAUAGAUAUUCGAUUUUGUGAUCCCAGUAAUUCAACAAACCAGACAAAGUCUCCACCGAGAUUGAGGUAUUGGUUUAGAGCAAAGGGAAAGCUUUCUGAUGACCAAGCUUUGCACCGAUGUGUCGUCGCAUUUGCUUCGGAUUUAAUAUUUGCCAGCGUCAGUUUGAACCCUCACCGUAGAAAGGGCCUGAGAUCUGCUGCACUUAGUCUCGACCAUGCGAUGUGGUUUCAUCGACCUCUAAGAGCUGAUGACUGGUUGCUUUUUGUGAUUGUCAGUCCAACCGCGCACAUGACCCGUGGCUUUGUCAGUGGUCAAAUGUUCAACAGAAAAGGAGAGCUGGUUGUAUCUUUAACGCAAGAGGCCUUGUUAAGAGAGGCUAGACCUCCUAAACCCUCGGUGACGUCGAAGCUCUGAAUGAGCCACCGUAAGUUAGUAACGUACGAGUAGGGCUCCGCGAAUAAAAGAAGAAAGAUAUUGGGACACCCAUAACCAUUUGGUAAUAAAAGAAUGAUGUUACUUUUUUUUAUUAGACAAACUCCAUUUCCUUGGAAUGUAAUUGGUGUAUGAUGAGAUCUAUAAUUAUUUAUACGAUGUAGUAAAUUCACAUUUUUAUCUUGCCGAGGAAAAUAACUCUAUUGCUCAA